ACGGGUAGUAUUACUGGACAGUACACCUGCGGCACGCUGUUUCUGCUGUGUUUACAGUGCUGUAAAUGUGGAGAGGAUCUGGAUGUUCUGCUGUAUCUAGAACCCAGGUUCUGAUCGGUCAGCAGUGAUGGGGGAUGUGAAGGUGAAGAAGGAGAAUCCGGAUCCGGUGGAUAUUGAGAACAGGAUUAAGGAGCUCUGUCAGCAGUUUCCUCAUGGCAUCACUGAUCAGGUGAUCCAGAAUGACCUGCCUCAUGUGGAGCCCCAGCAGCGGGCCAUGGCCAUCAACCGGCUGCUGUCUGUGGGCCAACUCGAUCUUCUCAGAAACAGCAAUGGCUUGUUGUACAGGCUGAAGGAUGUCCAGUUGGCAAGUAAAAUGAAGGGCUCUGACAACCAAGAGAAGCUGGUUUACCAGAUUAUUGAGGAUGCUGGGAAUAAAGGAAUCUGGAGCAGGGAUAUCCGGUACAAGAGCAACCUGCCUCUGACUGAAAUCAACAAAAUUUUAAAGAACCUUGAGAGCAAGAAGCUCAUAAAAGCGGUCAAGUCUGUCGCAGCUUCUAAGAAGAAGGUCUACAUGCUGUAUAACCUGCAGCCAGACCGCUCGAUUACAGGGGGAGCGUGGUACAGUGAUCAGGACUUCGAGUCGGAGUUUGUGGAGGUUCUCAACCAGCAGUGCUUCAAAUUCUUACAAAGCAAGGCGGAGGCAGCUAGAGACAGUAAGCAGAGUCCGAUGGUGCAGAGGAACAGCUCCUUCGCUACGUCUCACGAAGUGUGGAAAUAUAUCUGUGAGCUCGGCAUCAGCAAGGUGGAUUUGUCUAUGGAGGACAUCGAGACCAUCCUGAACACACUGAUCUACGAUGGAAAGGUGGAGAUGACCAUCAUUGCUGCUAAGGAAGGGACGGUCGGGUGUGUGGACGGACAGAUGAAGCUUUACAGGGGAGUGAACCCCAUCAUCCAGCCCACAGGCCUGGUCAAAACACCCUGCGGACUCUGUCCGGUGUUUGAUGACUGCCAUGAAGGUGGGGAAAUCUCACCCUCAACCUGCAUCUACAUGGCAGAGUGGCUGGAUUUCUGACCUGCAGCCAUGAACUUUCCUUUCCUUUUGUUAUUUCAGGGUAUUUUUCCUCUGUGGAGAAAGUGCCAUGUACAUUUUUUGCAAUGAUUUAAUGUAACAUAAGAUGUUUUUAUUUAUGCUGGACUGUAAUAGCUGUGAUUAUUAUUGAACUGAAAUACCGGCAGUUCUCCAGGGCUCUAGAUGCCUCCAUUUCUAUGAAGAACCUCCCCUCCUCUUCCCCUCAGGACCAGAUAAUAAAAAAAAUCACGGAUAGAACAUUGAAUUAAAAAAGAGAUGAGAUCAUUUUGAGGUAAUGUUUAGUGAAAGAUGUUGUUAAUAACUCCAGCCCCUUCACUGUGCCACACAGUGUCCAUAACUCUCAAUUCCAUCUGUGGAUUUUUCUUUUUAUUACGAUUUGUUUGUUCUUGAACUUCGUGUCACGAAGAACAUGCAGAAGAUCUCAGUUCUAUUUUGUUUUGAAAAACUGAUGCGUUUAAAUUGAGUUAAAUUGAGCUGAGAUGUGGAAUUUCUGGUGGUGUGAAUAAAGAGUGGAACAAAA